UUAUGGAAAUGAUCCAUGUUGCCAGGCAAGGAAGGAUUUUUAUUGCCUUCUCUGUUUUCUGUCGUGUCCAGUUGAUCAAUAACUAGCAGAAAUAUGUCUCACUCACUAUGGAUCCACUGCCUACUUCUCAGAGCGUAGUUUUAACAGGAUACCACUUAAAUGAUGCUUCCACUGAUGAUUUUGCGAACAGCAUAAAGGAGGAAGUGGGACCUUCUUCACCAGGUCGAAGAUGUGGACAGUAUAGUAUGAAUCAAGUGCAUUCCAGAAACAUGGAGAGGCCUCAAUAUGAACGGUCCUCCUCCCAGGAUUCUCUGGAUGAACUCUCCAUGGCUGACUACUGGAGUGAAGUGGAAAAUAUCCAGACAACCCAGGAAAAUUGCCAGGAAGAGCAAGAAGAGGUGGCCAUGAAAGUGCCUGAUGAAGGGGAGGUGGAGGCAGAAUGGUUGAAGAAUGCAGGCCUUUCAGGCCUAGUCAGCGGAGACACCCAGGAAAGUAUAGCAAUACUGUCAACCCUAACCCGUACGCAAGCAGAAGCUGUCCAGAGAAGAGUGGAAACUUUUACAAUGACAAUGAAGAAAAAGAACAAACAACAUUUCCCUGAUGUCAGGGACAUCUUUAGUCCACAGGUCUCAAGUACACAUGAAGCUUCAGCUGUUGCAGCUCAUGGAGAUGAAAGAGAAGACACCAAUGAGAAAAGAGAAGGGCAGCUGGAUAAUCUGACUAUUAAGGACGAAAGCAUCCAGCACACAGAUAUCAAUUUAGAAAUCUCUUACUCUGAGCAGGCUGCAAAUAUGAAGAAUAAAUCAAACAAUGAAAAUCCGAUACGAGACGAUGAUUCACCUCUUCCCAACUACCGGCUGCCAAAGGAAAAGACUGGUACGACGAAAGCUGGAGAUCUUGCACCUCAGGACAUGAAGAAAGUUCGUUCAUUGGCUCUGAUUGAAAUAACAGCUAUGUAUGAUACUCUAGGUGUGGAAUUCAAACAUCAUAAAGCAAUGAAGAUCAAAUUCAGAGAAACGGGAUUGUUUGGGGUUCCGCUGUCAGUGCUAUUGGAACAGGAUCAGAAAAAAGUUCCAGGGACUAAGGUCCCACUCAUACUUCACAAACUUAUUGCUCACAUUGAGGAAGAGGGAUUAAACACAGAAGGGAUUCUACGAGUACCUGGACUUGCAUCAAGAAUUAAGAGUCUGCGUGUGGAGCUCGAAGCAAAGUUCUAUGAGAAAAACUUUAACUGGGAAAAUGUACGUCAACACGAUGCAGCAAGCAUACUAAAGCUCUUCAUAAGAGAGCUGCCUCAUCCGUUGGUCACUCUCGAGUACCUUGAUGCCUUCCUAGCUGUACAGAAUCUAGCACAUAGAAAACAAAAGCUACAGGCUCUUAACCUGUUGAUCCUUCUCCUCCCGGACCAAAAUAGGGACACGCUGAAGUCAUUGCUUGAAUUUCUUCAGAGAUUAAUUGACAACAAAGAGAGCAACAAAAUGACGCUAAACAACAUUUCUGUCAUUAUGGCACCCAACCUGUUUAUGUUUAAAGGAUAUUGCUCACAGACUCAAUUAGCAAUGGCUGCUGGGACAAGCAACAUUAUGCGCUACUUGAUUAAGUACCAAGAACUGCUUUGGACGAUUCCAAAAUUUAUUAUGAAUCAAGUCCGACAACAAAACAUUGAAAACCACAAAAAGUUGUCCAAGGAAAAGGCUGUAAUGAAGCUUCUAAAAAAGAUGACGCAUGAUAAAGAUAGACAUGAACGGAAUCAAACUGAUAGGAGUCUCCAUGAUCCAGUCACGCUUCAGGGUGUAAUACGAGUUCAGGCACCAUCGUUUUCCAAAGUUUCCAUGGCAAUUCAACUCACAGAAGAUCUCAAAGCUGGUGAUAUAUUGGCACGUUUCCAGCAAUGUCUUAACCAGAACAGGAUUACUGAGUCUACGAACAAAGAGGAAGUUUGCUUAUAUGAAAUUGGAGGAAACAUUGGAGAGCGCUGUCUGGAUGAUGACACCUAUAUGAAAGACCUAUACCAACUGAAUCCAAGCGCAGAGUGGGUUAUAAAGCCUCGGUGUCAAUGAAAUUGACUUUAUUAAUAGAGGGACAGGAAAUAUUGGAUAUGAGUGGCCCUGUACAGGAAAACAAAUGAGACCAUGUAGUUAGACUGGCUCAUUCUCCCUGUGCUGGAGUUGUAUUAUUGGGAGACUUCCAGACAAUAAUCAACCAUGUUUAAUUCAAGACUAAAACUGAACAGACAGAUAUGGAAUUGAAUUUUUAAUAUGUCAUUUUUUUUUUUAAAUUAGAUUUAUAUACGUAGAUUUGUCUACUUUUAAGGAUAUGAAUAUGGAAGAAAGCUUAUUUUAUGGAAGGAAGACCGUAAAAAGAAACUCUUAUCAGCAAAUUGAACCUUUGUUGGACAAUAGACUACUUAAUAGCAGUGGUCUCAUUAAACUGCAUGCUUGUGUACCGACAGUCUAUCAAUUGAUAAGCACAUAAUUAUUACAGCCAUGCACACCGUGAUGGUAAAGUAUAGUUUACUGACGCUGUAGCCCAUGAGCAAAGAUAUAGCAGGUUACCCAAUGACAGGAAAUUAAUUGACAAGAAGCGAAGUCUAACGUGAUUAAUCAGCUGAAAUUAACUCCUGCCAGUUCCUGAAGAUUGAAACUAACACUCAGCACUUGCCUUUCCUUGGCCUGCUCACCAUCUCUUUCCUACUUGCCACUUCUCUUCUCUCCACACCCUUUCCGCUUCCCACCGGAUCCUCCAGCUCACUACUUCCCUGUCGCCUCCCUCUCAUUCACUGCUUCCUUCCUCAACUAUCCUUCUCUUUCCAUCUCUAAUGCUCCCACUCACACUUCCUCAGUGUGGUAAGCUGAGAUCAGGAAGCAGAUACUGAGAGGGGAAGCCAGCAAGUGGAGAUAGUGAGCAAGAGGUAAGGUGAAAGAGUUUUAAGUGUUAAGUAGAAGAAUUUUCAGCUGUUAAUACCACUGAUCUAGUCAUUUUGCUGUGACUAGUUUUGUGGAAUUAUUAAGGCAAGCUUGCUUUCAAAGAUAUUCAGCAUAUUAAAAGGUAAGUGCACAUAAAGGGCAUUUGUGAAAUGCUUUGGCUUUCUAGCCCAGUUCUCCAAGUAAUAAUGUGAUGGUUCUUGAUGGGACAUGACAAACUACACAUGCCACCUCUCAAAUCAGUUCUGUAUGCAUUGCAACAAAGAGUUUGCUUUCAUAGUCCACACUGGUUUAAAACAUGAGCCAUCAUCCUGUACUCUCAUAACAUUCUGGAAAUGGAUGUGUUCUGCUCCUCCACAAUCUCCAUCGAUUCAGGCCAAUUUGUAAAUGGUUUGUGGUUCAUGGCACCUCCAAGGUAUCAUGAACCAUAUUCUGUAUGAGGGAACCUUUCGGAAAGCAAGUUCAGCAGAUCUUAUCCAUCUCAAACUGUGCCGCCCUGCCCAACCCCCAUGGCUCUUCAGGGUCUCCAUGCCAGCUUAUGGCUUUUCCAUGUCUAUUCACCCCCAAUAUACUGUAUAGAAACAGCAAAUAUUCUGUGGAAUAUCAAACAAAAGCUUUAACAAUGUCAUCCAUUCGUUCAUUGAUUUGCUUUCCACUUAAACAAAGAACUCUUUUUGCAACAAACCAAUAAAAGGUUCAAUCAUCCAUGUAAAAAAAAGUUGUGGAUUUAACAGGAGAUCAGAGAGCCAGAGUUGUGUCAAUCAAUCAGUGUUUUCCUUGGGGAUCAGCUGUUUUAACAUAUUAAUGGAUUUAUUGGCCAAGAAUAGAUAAGAAAGUGUGAUUUAGAGAGCAGGGAGACAUAGCCUGGCAUGAUGAGCUUUGGGAUGGGAUGGAGGUGGCAUGGCAGGGGAGUGCGAGCAGUGAGGGCCAUAGUAUUCUUUUUAGUUAUAACUAGGAUGGAGUCUCAGUCUUUUUAAACAGCCCACCUUGGCAAUCAUUGUGACUACCCUUUCCCAAGUGCUGCCCACACAAACCUGCACCCCACACCCAACAAUGAAAAUUUUGGUAUUCCUGGAAUUUCCUCCUAAGAAAAUUCUGCCUAAUUAUGUUUCUUGAUGCAAAAAACAAAUGACUUUGCUAUUUCCACACAUUCAAAGCACUUUUAA